AUUUAGAGAUAAUAUAUCUAUCAAUCAUGGCACAUAUUGGGUUAUCAAAGUUGGUCAAACAAGUGGAGAUCAAAUCCCAUGGAGAUGUGUUUCAUGAAAUAUUUAGGUUUAAGCUUCACCAACUCUCCAACAUAACGCCUACUAAAAUCCAAAAUGUGGACCUUCACGAGGGUGAUUGGGGAUCGGUUGGUUCUGUCUUAGUCGGAAAUUACACUCAAGAUGGGAAGGAGAAGGUGAUAAAGCAGAGAAUAGAAGCAAUAGAUGAAGAGAAGAAAUUAGUGAGCUUUAAGAUCAUUGAAGGUGACCUAAUGGAGUUGUAUAAGACAUGCAUCUUCACUGUCCACGUGGAGACCCAUGGAGAGAACAACUUGGUGACGUGGACAGCAGAAUAUGAAAAAUUGAAUGAGGAUGUAGAGGAUCCCACCUCCAUGUUGGACUUAUGUAUUGCCGUGACAAAGGAUAUUGAUACUCAUCAUCUCAAUAAUUAAGUAAUUAGCCAUCCAAAAGCUUAUAAUAAUUUAA